CUUCUCCCCUUUCUCACCACGAACUAGGAAUUGAGUUCCGGAAAAAAAAGCAAACCUCCUGGCCAUUUGUGUGCCUCCCUCCAGCUAGCAGAGACCACUUUUUUGAUAAAAAAAUUAAUACAAUGAAAACUGAAUGUGGGAUUAAUAUAAUUAAAUCCAACUCUGAGAUAAGAGAUUAUAUGACUCAUGUAAUACAAAAGCAGGAUGAUUCCUUUUAUAUAUUGAACUUAACAACAUUGGAAACAAAAUACAAAGAAUGGAGGUCCAAUUUACCAACUGUAACUCCUUUCUAUGCAGUUAAAUGCAAUCACUCGAUUAUGGUCAUUAAAACCCUAGCUGCUCUUGGCUGUAACUUUGAUUGUGCAUCAAAGUCGGAAAUUAAAAAAGUGCUGUCUGUGGGAGUUAGCCCUGACAGGAUAAUAUAUGCAAACCCAGCAAAAAUGCUAAGUCAUCUUGAUUACGCAGCGAAACAUGGUGUACGCAUGAUGACAUAUGAUAAUGCUUCAGAAAUUGAUAAGAUAAAAGAACACUACCCAUUAGCCCAUAUGGUGCUAAGAAUAAGAGCAGAUGCGCUGGAUGUUUCUGUACCUUUGGGCACAAAAUUUGGCUGCGAUCCAGAAUUGGGUUUGGAUCUUAUCAUGGCAGCCAUCAACAAGGGGCUUAAAGUGAUAGGAAUCUCUUUUCAUGUUGGUAGUGGAUGCAGGGAAGUGGGUGCUUAUGCAAGGGCAAUCCACAUUGCAUGCAAUUUGAUUAAAAAAGCUAAAGAGAACAAUGUUUCUCUUAGCCUGCUAGACAUCGGAGGAGGCUUUUCUGGAAAUGAUUCUCUUCAGUUUUCAGAAAUGUCAAUACUAAUAAAUGAAGCAUUGCAUGAAGAAAGGGAAGUUCUUAAAGGAAUAAGAGUAAUUGCUGAACCAGGAAGAUUCUUCGUCUGGAGUGCUUAUACACUUCUAACAAGUAUUAACGGCAUGAAAGAAGAAGGAAGUAAGAUACAAUACUACAUAAAUGAUGGGAUAUACAGUUCCUUCAACUGUAAACCUACAGAGAAUAUAAUAAAGUAUCCAACCCCAUUUAAGAGAGUGCAGCAAGGACCAUUGAAAAAUUGUUGCAUUUGGGGCCAAACAAAUCGCCAAUUGGAUUUAGUCUCAAGCCAUUGUCUCCUACCUGAAAUGAAUGUGGGUGAUUGGCUUAUGUUCACUGAAAUGGGGGCUUAUUCAAUACCUCUAAGUAUGAACUUUAAUGGCUAUCCAAUACCAAAUGAACAUUACUUCGUCACCAAAGAAACAUGGUCCAGCAUAGGUGAUUUUUUUCGUAACCUUGAAAAACAGAAAACAAAAGAGAAAAAUAAUGCUAUUUGAAGCAAGACAAUAAAUAAAUAAUUUAUCAAAAAUUGUUAUUUAUUCCAUAUGGUAUGGUAUUAACCCAAUAUUGUUACAUAUUUCAGCUUGUAAUUUUCAAAUCAAAUUUUGUUUUAAGACAUAAAUUUAAGAACCAACAACAAAAGUAAUCAGAAUUUUGUUUUUCAACUCGUUACUUGUAAUUAAUAAUUCCCUAUAAACACAUAUC